GAUCCUCACCUCCAGGAUGUCGCUCUCCACUCGCCUGGCCGCUCUCCUGGCCCUCGCCCUCUGCGCCACCGCCAUCCCCGCGCCCGUCGGCCAUGUCGUUCACGAGGCACGCGACCAACUCCCGCGUGGAUGGGCCCCCGUCCGGCGCGCAGAACCCGACAUGGUCCUCCCCUUCCGCAUCGGCCUCGUGCAGCCCAAUCUGGAGAGUAUCGAGGAAUACAUCAUGGACGUCUCCCACCCCGACUCGUCCAACUAUGGUAAGCACUGGAGCCCUGCCAAGGUCGCGUCGACGUUCCGCCCGACGAAGGAGUCCGUCGACACCGUGCACGGCUGGUUCACCGAGAGCGGCAUUGCUCCGGAGCGCGUGAAGUCGAGCACGGGCGGGAGCUGGAUGAAGGUGAACGUGACGAUCGAGGAGGCGGAGCGACUGCUGGGCACGGAGUACUACGUCUACCAGUUCGGCGAGGAUGACAACCGCACGCACGUCGCGUGCCACGAGAAGUACCAUCUUCCGGAGCACGUCUCGAAGCAUGUCGAGAUUGUUUCGCCCACCCUCCACUUCGAUACACCGCCUCACGGUCCUGCUAGCUCGUGGCAGAAGCUUGGUGGCAGGGACAACGAGACUUCGAACCCGAAUUAUUCUGCGCAUGCGGUUGGCCAGCCCGGAUUCGGUACGAGCUUCCCAAAGACCCAGGGUACCGUUCAGAACGUAAUCAAUCAGCUGGAGCACUGUGACGAGCAGAUCGUUCCCGAUUGCCUCCGCGCUCUAUACGACUUUGAGUACUACCCUCUUGUCCCGGAGAAGAACUCGCUUGCGAUCGUCGAAUACACUCCGCAGGCAUACAACGCCACCGAUCUCGACAUGUUCUUCGGCAACUUCUCGCCCAGCCAGGUCGGGCAGCGCCCCGUUUUCAACAGCAUCGACGGGGGCUACAUCCAAACCAACUACGGCGGCUACUACUACAGCGCCGAGUCCAACCUCGAUCUGCAGUAUUCCAUGGCGCUCGUCGGCCCACGGCAACCAGUGCAGCUCUACCAAGCGGGCGACCUCAAUGAGGGCGCAUCGUUCAACACCCUGCUCGACGCGCUUGACGCCUCGUACUGCACGUUCGACGGCGGCGACGAUCCGACUUACGAUCCGACGUACCCGGACCCGUACGGCGACGGGUACGAGGGCAGCGAGAACUGUGGUACUGUCUCGCCGGCGCACAUCAUAUCGACGUCGUACAGCUACACGGAGGUCCAAUUGACUCCCGCGUAUGAGCAGAGGCAGUGCGCGGAGUACGCGAAACUCGGGCUGAUGGGUGUUACGGUGCUCUACUCGUCAGGUGAUUAUGGGGUUGCGGGUAACGGCGAAGCUUGCUUGAACGCCAGUGGCCAGGAGGACUGGUUUGGCCAUGUAUUUGCGCCGGGGUUCCCCGCCGGCUGCCCGUACAUCACCUCGGUCGGCGCGACCCAGGUCAAUCCGAACUCUACCGUCCUCGAGCCUGAGAGCGCCUGCGCGCAGAUGAUCCAAUCGGGAGGUGGUUUCUCAAACGUAUUCCGAAUGCCGUCUUAUCAGGCGUCUGCUGUCGAACACUACCUGACGAACUAUCCGCCCGACUACCCCGUUGGUACUUUCAACGCCUCCGGAUCGCGUGCCUAUCCUGAUAUUUCCGCAAAUGGUGCAAGAUACGUCAUCACCGUACAGGGCGAGUACUACCUCGUCUACGGCACGUCUUGCGCGACACCGGUCUCCGCUGCGAUCUUUUCUGCCAUCAACGACGCCCGCAUCGCUAUCGGGAAGUCGCCUAUCGGGUUCAUCAACCCUACGAUCUACACCCCUGCAUUCAUGGCAGCGUUCAACGACAUCACGACCGGUUCCAACCCUGGGUGCGGCACGGAGGGCUUUGACGCCCAGCCUGGAUGGGACCCCGUGACGGGUGUGGGCACACCAAACUUUGUGAAGCUGCUCGCGCUCUGGCUCGCGCUUCCGUGAUUGCUCCAGGGUGCGCACCGGAUGACAUUGACGAAUUGGGCUCGAACGAUGAUCGUUGUGGAACAUGGGGAAAUAUGACUGUAUUGCACGGUGUUGUCGUUCGCUUCGGUUGGGACUCGGACUGGCAUCGGGGCUUAUGCGUGCGUUUUUUUGUGAACUGGCUAGACACAACGUAGCUGCUAUAUAGCAGUCACUUGGACCGUCUCCACGCUCUGCAUGACUUCUAACCCAAACCAUCUUUCUCAAUUCAACUGGCUUUGCGAU